GAAAGACACAUCUGACUGGUCAGAAUCAGCUAAUGGAUCUUCCCAGAUGGAUGCUCUUUCCUUGGAAUCCGCCAGCAAAGAAGCCUAUUUCAGCAGAGUGGAAACAUUCACUCCUCUGAAAUGGGCAGGGAAACCCCAUGAGCUUUCCCCCCUGGUUUGUGCCAAGUAUGGUUGGAUCAAUGUGGAAUGUGACAUGCUGAAGUGCUCCAGCUGCCAGGCCUUCCUCUGUGUGAACCUGCAGCUUGCCCUGGACUUCAGCACCUACAAGGAACGCUGUGAGGAGCUGAAGAAAGCCUUGUGCACUUCUCAUGAGAAGUUCUGCUUCUGGCCAGACAGCCCCUGCCCAGAUCGCUUUGCCCUGCUGCUGGUGGAUGAACCCAGAGCCCUUUUCCAGGACUUCCUGGAUCGCUUCCAGAGCCUGUGCCAGCUGGAGCUGCAGCUGCCCUCCCUCAAGCCAGAAGACCUGAAAACCAUGUCCCUGACAGAGGAGAAGAUCAGUUUGCUCCUCCAGCUCAUCGGGGAGGAACUGGAGCACAAAACAACAGAAGGGGAGAAGCCACCAGUGAAGUUUGCCACAGAAGUCCUGCAGGUGCACGUUCCUGCCUGCAUCCUGGCCCUGUGUGGUUGGACCUGCAGUGCUGCAUCUGGCUCUGUGCACCUCUCAGUGAUCACCUGCUCCCGGUGCAUGAGGAAGGUGGGACUGUGGGGCUUCCACCAGCUGGAAUCUGCAGGGCAGGAGCAGGACUCCUGUGGCCCAAGCAGCACUUCACCAGCUGCCAGCGAGCGCUUCCCGCCUGUGCCCACGUCCCCUCACAGGAUGCUCACACGGAGCCAGGACACUCUUCCUCCAGGAUCUGAGCAGCAGGAGAAGAGCCCAUCCCCAGCAGCCUCUCGGCCCCGGGGUUGGGAUUCUCCCAGCUCCAUGGAGAAGAGUGAGUUGGAGGUGACCAGUCCCAGCCCCCGGAGCCGCCCUGUCACCCGCAGCAUGGGCCAGGGGGACAGCAUGGAGGUGCCUUCCAGUCCUCUCCGCAGGGCCAAGCGCCCACGGCUCUGCUCUUCCAGCAGCUCAGAUACUUCUCUGAGGAGCUUCUUCCAUCCCAGCUCUCAGCAUCGUGACUGGUGUCCCUGGGUCAGCACAGGGGAGGGAGAAGGAUCCUUGGAGGACUCUGCCACGGAGAAGGAGCCCAGGAAGGCAGGGCCAGGUUGGCAAGUGGUGCUGAACACACUCCUCUCCACCCGAAAAUGUGACACGGUGCCUGAGACAGAGCCAAUGAGCCUCUCUGAGAAGUCCUGCAAGGUAUUCCGCAUUUUCCGGCAGUGGGAGAACAUGAAUUCCUCCUGA